UUUGUUAUUUAGCCACAAGUAUGUGGCUGCUGUCCUAGUUUGUGAGUGCUACCUCAGCUACACUGGUGUUACUCUCUCAGUAGCUUACGGGAAGAGAGAGAGUGGAGAGGUGCAGCUAUGUCUAUCUCAGUUGAAGCAAAGCCCCUUUAUGUUCCACCGCUGGAGGAGGUGGCUUCUGUUUUACAGAAUGGCUUGAAGAAGAAUUUUGCUGAAGUGCAUGUGUCUGUGGUUGAAUGUCCUGAUUUGUCUCAGGAACCGUUCUGUUUGGAAGGAAAGGGACUGUGUGGUUCACCUAGGCUGAGUGACGUAGGUGGUGUUCCACAUCUCCUUCCAAGUCCACUCAAGGAUAAAGUGUAUAACAUAAAGGAACUUGCUGCAUCUGUAGACCUACCGGAGGCCUUCGUGAUAGGCGCGGGCGCAGGUCCACACGAGUAUAUUGGUGUCAACAGCGAGUUAAUGGCGAACACUUUAACUGGGAAGACAGCUUCGAAUGGUUCCCGUGUUGCGAAGAUUGACUCUUCAGGAAACAACGAACUGCUUAAGUUACCUGAAAGUGAAACUGGAUGUUCUCUCAUGCUGAACAUGUUUGCUUGUGAGGGCCGUACUGGUCAGGUUCUUCGGAUUUUGGCCAAGAAACGUACCGGGAGCCUCAAUUUUGUGACGUGUCUGCGACAAGCACUGACUGACCAUUAUGGCGAUAAAGCAGUGGGUCUAGGAGGGACAUUUCGUAUGGUACAAGGAUCAGCUAAGUGCCACGUAAUGCCUGACUUCUCCUCCUCACCUAUCAGCUGCGAAGAUGAGCUCAAUCAAUGGCUCCGUUUCUUUGAAUUGCCUUCCCCGAUGGUGUUCCUGUCUACCUUAGUGUCCAGAGAUCCUGGGAUGGACCUCCGCCUGGAGCAUUCUCACGGCUAUGGCAAGGAAUAUGGAGGACAUUACCACUACGAUACCACCCCAGAAACUGUGGAAUAUCAGGGGUUUUACAACGUGGCGGAGUUCAUGUACCGUGUAGAUAGGCCUAAAGUUACCCAUAGCUUUGGCAGAAACUAAUAAAUGUAUUUUCCAAGGAAUAAUUUACCCUUGGAUCAAACUUCAUUGCUUUCCAUUCCCCAGCGGAUUGAGCAAUAAAUUAAGAAAACAAUAAUAAUACACAUUAAAUUCACACCAGUAACAAUGACAUUGUAACUUCCGUAUCUUAUCAAGUCGUUAUAUUCUCCCUUGAAGCAGAAAAUAAAAAUUACAUCUGAAUUGGUGUGUAUACCUUAUACAAUAUUAAACAAAUGGUUUUAGUGGUAAAGGACUGGGUGCAAUAUUUCCUGUCUAUUCAUACAUAGGCCUAUGACAUUCUGGUGUAUCAAGUUAUAAUCACAAUUCAUUAAAGGUUUUUAAAAUGGGUAA